UCUCCUCCUCCAUCUCCUCCUGAACCUCCUCCAGCAACUCCAGCCGCACCUCCUCCAUCUCCUCCUCGACCUCCUCCAUCUCCUCCUCCUCCUCUACCUCCUCCAGCCUCUCCUCCUCCAUCUCCUCCUCUACCUCCUCCAUCUCCUCCUCUACCUCCUCCAUCUCCUCCAGCCUCUCCUCCUCCAUCUCCUCCAGCCUCUCCUCCUCCAUCUCCUCCAGCCUCUCCUCCUCCAUCUCCUCCUCUACCUCCUCCAUCUCCUCCAGCCUCUCCUCCUCCAUCUCCUCCUUUACCUCCUCCAUCUCCUCCAGCCUCUCCUCCUCCAUCUCCUCCUCUACCUCCUCCAUCUCCUCCAGUCUCUCCUCCUCCAUCUCCUCCAGUCUCUCCUCCUCCAUCUCCUCCUCUACCUCCUCCAUCUCCUCCAGCCUCUCCUCCUCCAUCUCCUCCUCUACCUCCUCCAUCUCCUCCAGCCUCUCCUCCUCCAUCUCCUCCAGCCUCUCCUCCUCCAUCUCCUCCUCUACCUCCUCCAUCUCCUCCAGCCUCUCCUCCUCCAUCUCCUCCAGUCUCUUCUCCUCCAUCUCCUCCAGCCUCUCCUCCAGUCUCUCCUCCUCCAUCUCCUCCUCUACCUCCUCCAUCUCCUCCAGCCUCUCCUCCUCCAUCUCCUCCAGCCUCUCCUCCAGUCUCUCCUCCUCCAUCUCCUCCUCUACCUCCUCCAUCUCCUCCAGCCUCUCCUCCUCCAUCUCCUCCAGCCUCUCCUCCAGUCUCUCCUCCUCCAUCUCCUCCUCUACCUCCUCCAUCUCCUCCAGUCUCUCCUCCAUCUCCUCCAGUCUCUCCUCCUCCAUCUCCUCCUCUACCUCCUCCAUCUCCUCCAGCCUCUCCUCCUCCAUCUCCUCCUCUACCUCCUCCAUCUCCUCCAGCCUCUCCUCCUCCAUCUCCUCCAGCCUCUCCUCCUCUACCUCCUCCUGUAUCUCCUCCUCUACCUCCUCCAUCUCCUCCAGCUCCUCUUGUACCUCCUCCAUCUCCUCCAGCCUCUCCUCCUCCAUCUUCUCCUCUACCUCCUCCAUCUCCUCCAGCCUCUCCUCCUCCAUCUCCUCCAGUCUCUCCUCCUCCAUCUCCUCCUCUACCUCCUCCUGUAUCUCCUCCUCUACCUCCUCCAUCUCCUCCAGCUCCUCUUGUACCUCCUCCAUCUCCUCCAGCCUCUCCUCCUCUACCUCCUCCAUCUCCUCCAGCCUCUCCUCCUCCAUCUCCUCCAGUCUCUUCUCCUCCAUCUCCUCCAGCCUCUCCUCCUCCAUCUCCUCCUCUACCUCCUCCAUCUCCUCCAGCCUCUCCUCCUCCAUCUCCUCCAGUCUCUCCUCCUCCAUCUCCUCCUCUACCUCCUCCAUCUCCUCCAGCCUCUCCUCCUCCAUCUCCUCCAGCCUCUCCUCCUCCAUCUCCUCCUCUACCUCCUCCAUCUCCUCCAGCCUCUCCUCCUCCUCCUCCAGCACCACCUCCUCCAUCUCCU